AUAUGGCAGUUGUGUAAGGUGUAGGCAGUCAGAAGUGCACUGGGAUCAACAGCAAGAUGUUGGAGAUUUUGGGGUUAAUUCUGCUCAUAUCAAAGUGUGUGCAAGGAGGCAAUGUUUGCUAUGACAGGCUUGGGUGCUUCUCUGACGAGGCUCCAUGGGGCGGCACCCUCCAGAGACCAAUUGCAAGACUGCCGGACUCCCCAGAACACAUUAAUACUCGUUUCCUUUUAUUCACCAGGGAUAAUCCUGACACAUUCCAGGAGAUCAAGGCUUUAAACCCCAGUGCAAUUUCCACAUCGAAUUUUAAGGCCUCCAGGAAAACGCGUUUCAUUAUCCACGGAUUCAUUGAACGCGGAACUGAUACGUGGCUGACCCACAUGUGUGCGAAUUUGCUGCAAGUGGAAGACGUGAACUGUUUGUGCGUCGAUUGGGCCGGGGGGUCCUACGCUCUUUUUUCACAAGCAGCAAACAACGUGCGGGUGGUGGGGGCCGAGGUGGCCCAUUUUAUCCAGUUGCUGUCGAAUAAAUAUGGCUGCUCUCCUUCUGAUGUGCACGUGAUUGGUCACAGCCUGGGGUCUCACGCAGCAGGGGCAGUUGGGAAGAGGAUACACGGAAUUGCACGGAUCACGGGUCUGGAUCCCGCCGGACCUUUUUUCCACAACACGCCCCCCGAAGUCAGACUUGAUAAAUCAGAUGCUGAACUGGUGGAUGUGAUUCAUACGGACGUGUCGCAGAUCUUCCCCAUAACUGGUUUUGGCAUUGGGCAGUCGAUUGGUCACCUGGAUUUCUAUCCCAAUGGAGGGAAGGACAUGCCGGGGUGUGAGAGGGGCUCUGUUUUCACAUUGAUGGACGUUGAUCGCACUUUCAAAGAACUAAAAGAACUUAUUUUCUGCAGCCAUAUUCGGAGCUAUGAAUUAUAUACGGAAAGUAUUCUGACUCCUGAUGCCUUCAUAGGAUUUCCCAGCUCUGAUUAUAAAGGGUUUCAAAAUGGUGAAGGAUUCCCUUGUCCCAGUGGUGGUUGCCCUUUAAUGGGGCACUAUGCAGCAGAAUUUCUGGGAACCACAUUGAGUGAGCAGUCGUUUUUCUUGAAUGCUGGAAAUCCUGAGCCUUUUGCACGCUGGAGAUACAGGGUAACUGUCCAUACCAGUGGCACUGGUUUCCUGGGAUCUAUACAGGUGUCUCUGCAUGGGAUCAGGGGAAACUCCAACAAGCAGGAGAUUACCAGUGGGUUCAUAAAACCUGACCAGACCUACUCAGCCUUCAUUGAUGUCGAGACCAAUGUCGGACGCCUCACAACCGUGAGCUUCACCUGGAACAAGAGUCUCAUCAACCUCAUUCCAUUCACCUUCGGUGCCGACACUAUAUCCGUGCAAUACGGGAAGGACGGACAGACGUACAAUUUCUGCGGCACGGAACGCGUGAAAGCAAUGGCCAUUCAGAACCUGACUCCCUGUUACAUCCCAGACAAGUAGACACGGUUUUGGGUUUCAGAACCACAAUGACAUUUUGCUUCUAAUUGUGCAAAUAAAAAGUAUCCAUCCGUU